UUUACCUGCGCGGAGCCCGGGGGCCCCGGGAGCAAAGUCUGCGGCGCGCAGCCAAAGAGGCGGCGGUUGGCAUCGCUGGCGCGCCCCCGCCCUGGGUCAGGCAAGAUGCCCCUGGGGCUACGGAUGAAGAAGAAAGCCAAGUCCAAGGAGACCGCCCGGCUGGUGGAAGGCGAGCCGGGGGACGCGGGCGGCGACAGCCCUUCGGCGUCCCUGGUCCCCCCACGCAGGCUGGUUUUCCACACGCAGCUGGCGCACGGUAGCGCCACCGGCCGAGUGGAGAAUUUUUCCAGCAUCCAGGAGCUCUACACCAAGAUCGCGGAGGUGUUUGAGAUCUCGCCGUCUGAGAUCUUAUAUUGCACUUUAAAUACACCUAAAGUUGACAUGGAAAAACUCUUAGGAGCACAAAUAGGUCUUGAAGAUUUCAUAUUUGCCCAUGUGAAAGGGAUAAAAAAAGAAGUGACUGUUUAUAAAUCUGAGGAUUCACUUGGUCUGACUAUUACAGAUAAUGGUGUUGGCUAUAUUUUUAUAAAGAAAAUUAAAGAUGGCAGCAUAAUUGACUCAGUUAAAACAAUCUGUGUGGGGGAUCAUGUUGAAUCCAUAAAUGGAGAAAAUAUUGUUGGGUGGCGUCACUUUGAUGUUGCUAAGAAGUUCAGAGAAUUAAAAAAAGAGGAACUCUUUACCCUGAAGUUAAUAGAACCUAAGAAGGCAUUUGAAAUAGAGUCAAGGUCAAACGCUGGAAAUUCAUCAGUAGGAAGUAUUGGAACUAGAAGGGAGACGCUUCGCCUGAGACCAAAAGGCCCUGCCACCGUGGAAGAAGUGCCCUCCGAAACCAAAGCCAAGGCAAUUGAAAAGGUUGAUGAUCUUCUUGACUUGUACAUGGGAGUUCGAGAUAUUGAUUUAGCUACCACAAUAUUUGAAGCUGGAAAGGACAAAGGUAAUCCGGAUGAAUUUGCUGUGGCACUUGACGCGACUCUCGGAGAUUUUGCGUUUCCAGAUGAAUUUGUUUUUGAUGUUUGGGCAGCCAUUGGGUAUGCCAAGCGAGGAUGAUAAUCAUGUGGAUGAUUCAUCACUGGAAAUAUGAGCUAUUGUUCCUUUUAAAAAAACCUGUAAGAUCUGUUUUUAGACACUGUUGUGGACUCUGGUUUGGUUUUAUAUGUAUGGAAUACAUUCUUUGAAAUCUAAUUUUGACUUCUGGGGACUUUUUAAUGCAGUCGUAUAUGUAACAUGUGUAAGAUAAAUUACUUAAAAUAUCAAUUUUAAUAUUCAUUCAAAAGUCUUUUUAAAGCAAGUUUUAGGGAGUAUUUCUAGAUAGAUGAUUUUGUUCCCCACUAAUAUUCAUCUUUUGUUUUCUAUACAUAAAUAGUUGAUUGCAUUAGCUUUGUAGUUCUUUUGCAAAAUAUUAAUGCAGGGAAAAUUAGGAUUGGAGUAUCAUUUGCCUCAUAGCAUCUUCAUUUUGUUAACUAGCUUGAACAGGAUACAUGCAGGAAAUGAAAUGUGAAUUAUACCUACUAUAGUUCUAAAAGCACUGUUUUAUUUUUUUAAUCCACUGAGUAAGGGGAAGAAAAUUCCUAUAGCCUGUUGAUGUCUAUAGUCUACUUUCUGUCUGUACAACAAGGAUUGGUUGACUUUUAUAUUUUGCUUCUUAAAACCUGCUGUUGAAAUCUGUUGUGCUGUGUAUUUGUUUGCAUGUGUGGAAGAGGGUGAAAAACACAGAUAGGAUAGAAACCACUUAUAUUUGAUUUUUAUAAAACAGUUCUUAAAACAUUUUCUUUCCCACCCAUACCUACUUUUAUUUUACCCUUUAUAAGCACUCCAGGGAAGGUUUUUUAUAGUCUUUGUAGAACUUUUCUUUUGAAAAAGAGAUUUACUCAGAAAAUAACUAUGUUUGAGAACACUUUUUGGGUGAAAGAGCAGCGCUUUUAAGCCCCUUAAACUUUAGAGGAGAUACUAUCAGGAAUAGAUUUACCCCCAGUGGAAAUAAAGGAGGAAGGGAGAAUUGAGGAAAUAUAUUAGCCUAUUAUUUUACAGUUCUAACAGAUCCUCUCUAAAACCUUACAUUAUUGAGAAAAUUGAGGGUAAAUGACUGUCUUAUCAUUUUUAUUUGACAUUUCACAGAUGUAAGAGAAAUGGAAAUAAACGGUUUCAACAUAGAUCAUUUAAUAAGGCAGACACUGGUGUGACCAAGCAUUCUUCUGAAGUGUUAGAUGGAAAGUAUGUGCUGCCAUGGUAAUCAGAAAUUAUAACCUGUGAGGGAUGUAUUGUAGGAAAUCAGAAGUAGGUCCUAUUUCAUGCUGGGUUAAUGCUUUAGAAUAACUCUGUUGUUUUCUGAUGCAACUUUCCUUUUAUGGCCAUCCGCUCCCCUUCACACAAGUUGAAUGCUGCAAAGCCGAUGGUCUUUGUCCUGUUAAUCAGAAACCUGCACAAAAGCAGUUUUAGUGAUUAAUGUGUAACAAAAAUAGUUCAUAGAAUGUGGAUUGUCUUAUUGCUUUUGCCCAUCAUUUGAAAAUAGGAUCCAGCUCGGGCUGUAGUUUGUUGCUACUUGUUUCAUGGAUUUCUUUUGCAGGUCCCCAAAUACCUAUUAAUUCUUAAUAUCACCUCUCUUAGAAGGGCACACACAAAAAAAGAACUAAUAUUUUUAGAGAUGGGAAAGUUAAUAGAUAACUUAGGAGGCCCAUAAAAACAUUUUAUUUUAUUUUUUAAAAAAAGAUUUUUGUUAAAAUAUAGCUAACAUACAAUAUUAUAUCAGUUUCAUGUGCACACCAUAGUUAUUUAAUAGUUAUAUACCUUAAGAAGUGAUCAUAAUGAUUAGUCCAGCAACCAUCUGACACCGUACUACGCUAUCACAAUGCUAUUGACUGUAUUCCUCAUGCUGUGCAUU